AUGGCUACGACUUACUGGGAGAAAAUAGAGGACUGGCUAGCUAACGACACCGAUUCUUUGAAAUGGAGGGCCGAGUUCAAGUACUUGAUGUUCCUAACACCGAAAAGAAACUUCCACCUGGACGAGAAACGGAAGCGUUACGACUUUGAUGCUCUUGAAGGCAAAAUACAGCCGCGCGUCAUCGUGUUCAGAGCACCUCCUGGCAAAACAAGCUUUUUGAGCGUCAGGAUACUCGACGAGGGCCGAGAACAUAUGGUAGGCGGUAUACUCUGGGAUAUCUUCUCAACCAUGGACUUGCCGGCCGAAGGAGGCUAG